AUGGAAUUGUUCCAAGAACGAACGCGUAAAGAACUUCCAGCUUCGUCAUCACUUACGUAUGUUCAGGAAAAUGAAAUUGCUGAUCUGUUGUUUAAUGUAUUCGAGUCCAUAUGGACAAGCACGUCAUACAAUGAAGAAAAUGAAAUUACCCUCGAUCAUAAUACAAUGGAUAAUGAAAUUGAGGAAUGCGAGGGAGAUAUGGAUUAUGAAGCAAAAGACGAAGAAAAUCCUGUAGUAACAAAGCGUGAGAUCGUCAAUGAAGCUGAAAUUAAAAAAUCAGCUGAUCAAUUUGUUUCUGAAGCUAAACCAUUGUUACCUUAUUAUAAUGAAGAUUUCGUAUUAAAUACAGAUCAAGCAGGACUUGAGGGUGAGUUUCCCUCAACUCGAACUCUCUCAUAUCAAAGAGAAAAGACGACACUUGUCACCGUACGUUCAGUAAAUGCAACUACUCAUAGUUAUACGGUUCACCCGACGAUCACCAUGAGUGGUAAAAUCUUCGGCCCUGUUUAUAUAUGUCUCAAAGAAGUAAAUGAUCAAAUGAGCGAUAAUAUUAAAGCAAAUCUUCCGCAGUUGAAGAAUGUUGUUGUUACCUGCAGCGCAUCAGGAAAAUUAACUAUCUCAUUGUAA